AUGGACGAGUCUGUGGAAGGGUGUUUCAGCCGUCCCAUCUCUUCUGUUUUGCAGCUGCAGAGCUACUUCGCUGCCUGUGAAGACGAGACGCCGGCCAUCAGAAACCAUGACAAGGUGCUGCAGCGGCUCUGUGAACACCUGGACCACGCUCUGCUCUAUGGCCUGCAAGAUCUUUCCUCGGGCUACUGGGUGCUGGUCGUUCACUUCACCCGCCGGGAAGCCGUCAAACAGAUAGAAGUGCUCCAACACGUGGCCACCAACCUGGGACGCAGCCGAGCAUGGCUGUACCUAGCCCUCAACGAAAACUCCUUGGAGAGCUAUCUGAGGCUGUUCCAGGAGAACCUAAGCCUGCUGCACAAGUACUACGUCAAGUAAGAUGCCCUGGUUUGCAGUCACGAUCAUCUGACCUUGUUCUUAACGCUAGUGUCCGGGCUGGAGUUCAUCCGCUUUGACUUGGAUCUGGACGCUCCUUACCUGGAUCUGGCCCCUUACAUGCCAGAUUACUACAAACCUCAGUACCUGCUAGACUUUGAGGACCGCCUGCCCAGCUCCGUGCACGGCUCGGACAGCCUGUCCCUCAACUCCUUCAACUCGGUCACCUCCACCAACCUGGAGUGGGACGACAGCGCCAUCGCUCCAUCCAGUGAAGAUUAUGAUUUUGGAGAUGUCUUUCCAGCAAUGCAGACCAUGCCCAGCAGAGACUGGGAAGACGGAGACCUCACGGACACGCUCAGCUGCCCGCGCUCCACCGCCUCGGAGGCGAACGGCAGCAAGGCCUCCGUGAAGAGCCCGACGCAGCGCUACAACCCCUUCAACGAGGAGAGAGCUGACGUGCCGUCCUCCACCGAGACCACGCCGGUGCACACAGCUUCUCAGGAGAAGGCAGAAGCCACCCCCGAAGGAACGGACCAGUCCGAGAGCUGCACGGAGCUGGAGGUCAUCAGGUUAGCCAAGAAGAAGAAAACUGGCAAGAAGAAGAAAGUGAAGCCCGAGGAGCCGGUGAACACCCCUGCGCCCGUAGUGCCCGAGACCCAGCAGGCCAGUGGAGACAGCGGCGUGAACGGGCUGAGUGACAGAGAAGACCCGCAGAGAGACGAUGGCCCCGCUGCCCCGGCUGGGGAGCCACGGCCGGGCGGGCAGGAGGAGGGUCGCGAGCGCUCUGCCCUGGGCCAGCUGGCUUUACGCAUCCCCGAGAUGAAGGACACGUCCAUGGAGAGCGUGGGGCAGCCGCUGAGCAAGGUGAUGGACAGACUCAAUGGGCAGCUGGACCCCGGUGGGUGGAACGCCCCCCUCGAGCCCCCCGGGCAGUCCUUUCGGACUGGCACGCCAGGGGAGACCCCAGAUGGAUCGUCCUCUGGCGACUUUAGUGAGGGGAUUUCAGCCCCCAUGGACUUCUACCGCUUUACCGUUGAGAGUCCAAACGCUGCUGCACCAGGUGGUGGCCACCAUGACGCUCCAGGGUCUGGCCAACCGCCACAUGUUUCUGGUAGCCUUGAGGCUCCUGAAGAAGAAGAAAGCGGAGAGGGAGAAGCAGUUGGGGCAGUAGAGGAGUCUGGAGGGGCGAGUGAUGAACCCCAAACUGCCCAGACAGAAACCACCAACCCCCAGGCUCUCUGCGAGCCGAAGAAGGAGCAGCCCAGCCCUUCCCCAAGCAGCGCCGAGGACUCUGGCGUGGAGGAAGGGCAGGGCAGCCCUUCGGAGCUGACCCAUCCCUCCGAGUUCAGGGUGGAUAACAACCAUCUCCUCCUGCUGAUGAUCCACGUCUUUCGGGAGAAUGAGGAGCAGUUGUUCAGGAUGAUCCGAAUGAGCACCGGGCACAUGGAGGGGAACCUGCAGCUGAUCUACGUCCUGCUGACGGAUUGCUACGUGUACCUCAUCCGGAAAGGGGCAGCAGAGAAGCCGUACAUGGUGGAGGAGGCCGUUUCCUACAAUGAGCUGGACUACAUCUCGGUUGGGCUGGAUCAGCAGACGGUGACUCUGGUGUGCACCAACCGGAGGAAGCAGUUCCUGCUCGACACCGCAGACGUGGCUCUCACGGAGUUCUUCCUGGUCUCCUUGAAGUCGGCCAUGAUCAAAGGGUGCCGGGAGCCCCCUUACCCCAGUAUCCUCACAGAUGCCACCAUGGAGAAACUGGCACUUGCAAAGUUCGUGGCCCAGGAGUCCAAGUGCGAGGCCUGUGACGUGGUCGUGCGUUUCUACGGCCUCGUUCACUGGGAAGACCCCAUGGACGAGGUGCUGGGACCCACCAGCAGUAGCUACACCUCCGCCGAAAACGCGGUCACCAAGGACGGCAUCCUGCACUACAAGGCAGGGACCUCCUACCUGGGCAAGGAGCAGUGGAAGACCUGCUUCGUGGUGCUCAGCAACGGGAUCUUGUACCAGUACCCGGACCGCACGGACGUCACCCCGUUGCUCUCCAUCAACAUGGGCGGCGAGCAGUGCGGGGGAUGCCGGCGCUCCAACGCCACCGACAGGCCCCACUCCUUCCAGGUGAUCCUGACGGACCGGCCCUCCCUGGAGCUGAGCGCCGAGAACGAGGAAGACAUGGCGGACUGGAUGCAGUACUUCUGCCAGGCUGUCUCCAAAGGGGUGAUCCCCCAAGGUGUUGCCCCUACGCCUUGUGUCCCCUGCUGCCUCGUGCUGACGGACGAGAAGGCUUUCACCUGCCACGAGGACUGCCAGACCAGCUUCUUCCGCUCGCUGGGCACCGUGGAGCUGACGGACAUCGCCGCCAUCUCCACAGAGGCCGGCAAGGAGUACUGUAUCCUGGAGUUUGCUCAGGACAGCAAGCAGUUCCUGCCCCCCUGGGUCCUCUAUUUUAGUUGCACUACAGAACUGGAGAGGUUCCUCUCGGCGCUGAACGCCGCGUGGAGGAACAUCUACCAGGUCGAUCUCCUGCACAAGGCCAUUCUGGACGCCGCCAUCAGGAAGAAAUGCGAAGACGCUCAGAGCCUCAUCGACAGCGCCUGGCAGCGCAGCGACAGCCUCUGCCGCGGGCGAGCGGAGCGGGACCCUUGGUGUUAA